GAUCUUGAACAGCCAGACCACCCCUCAGAAGUGAGCAUCAUCCAAAGCAGUUUAUAUCGAAACCGUUCAUCAUUCCCUACCAAUACUGACGUGCCUCUAAUAAACCCGUACAAAAACGAUCCCCUCGUCAGUUUUUGUCACAAUAAAAGAGCCGAUGUCAUGCUCGGAAGCUUUUUGCGGCAUUACUCUGAAAUACGUUUUCAAACAGCCAGCCAUAAAGCUAGGCAGUGUCGAGUGCUUCUGCCUACUCUAACCGAUGCGCGGGGGUUCAAAGACAGCGAAACUCAUUGCUCUAAAUUAACGGCGCCAAAUUAACUUUAUAGCUUCCUCCGUGGACGGUGCGGCGGAGGCGGCAUACCCGAAUAAUUUUACGGCCCUCUCGGUCACCGCGCGGUGAGCUGGUUACCCGAGCGGCCGAUAGAUGUCACUCUCGGCGCGUCACUGUCGGCCCUCGCGUGUUCCCCAUGUGCCGUGUUCAGUAGCGCCGCGUGGCUGACGAGGGAGGUCUGUGACGCUCGCGCCGGUGACAAGCACCUAUCGGAGAGGAGCUGGGACAUUUGUGGACCGCUUGGGAUGCGAGUGAGAAGAGAAGAUUAGAGGAAAUCGGCACCAGAAGAUGGGUCGGACGGCGGACUGGUGGCAUCUGUGCCUGGUGGCUGCCUGCACUGUGUUUUUAUCAGGUGGUCAGGCACUGCGCAUCAUCGACCUCGCGGUGCCAACCGCGUUACUCAACGGCUCCAUGGACAGUAUCGUCCUCGACUGCCUGUACUCUCUGGACAACAGCUCUGCCGCCGGCCUGGUGGUCAAAUGGUACCACAACCGCAGCCCGGCGCCCGUCUACCAGUGGAUCCCCGGCUACCCGCCGCAGGCGUUCGGCAUCCUCCGGGGUCGGGUCAACCUGGGUCACGUGAUCAGCAAUGACCCGCAGAUGCGUCACCGUGCCAUCCAACUGGUGCACCCUCGUCCGGAGCUGAGCGGCGAGUUCACGUGCAAGGUGUCCACCUGGUCGGGCGUCGACACGGCCACCAAGAGGAUGGUCAUCUAUUCUCCCGUCAAGUCGAUGUCUCUGUCGAGCAGCGAGCCGCACCACCACCACAUGAGUGUGACGUGCAAGGCCGAGGGCAUGUAUCCGGAGCCGGAGGUCAGCCUGCUCGUCCAGAGGUCGCGCUUCAAACGGGAGCGGAUCCGAGGCCUGCAGGUGACCAAGACGCUGGUGGACGGCGCCUACAGUGUGCGCGUGACCAAAAAACUGGACGACAGGGAAGUGCCCGAACAGUGUCUGAUCCACUGCGAGAUCUCGCUGCCGCACACCGGCUACUCGGUCACGGAGAAGAUACCGCACAUCAGAGGUUCAGCAUCUCACUCAAGCUCUCCAAUGUUGGGACGUAAAGAGAAAUACACGAGUUACUCAUGGAGAGAGAUGAACAGCUUGGCAUCAGGUGUUCCAUCCGUGGCCGCAAACCGUGCAGUUCUGGCAUGGACUUCAGCAGCCAGUCUUCUGAUGCGUCUCUUCUUGGAGCUAAGGUGAUACGUCCACAAAUCUCCGUACGAGGACCAAGAGACCUGGCUCGGCUACAGUGCCCGCGCCUUCGCACACUAGUCAUUCUGUUGUUCAACAGUUCCACUGUGAUUCUCGCGUACCAGGGAUAGAUGUCAGCUAAUCGCCCCUGGUUGUAAGCUGCUAUCUAUGCUGCUUGCUACGUUUACUGUUCCUCGAUGUGUGAGAUAUGAGAUGGACAUGCGUGAGACAAUGUAUGUUAUUGUUAUUUUAGCUGAUGAAGCCUGAUCCGGUAGGGAUGAGGUUUGGUCCUUAUGUGGUUUGAGAAUGUAUAUCAUAUCAUUGAUUCUGUAUAGCGUGUCAUAAUAUAAGACAUUUUGUUUUUA